AUGACACUAAUACUAUAUAGUUACUUAUAUAUAGUAGCUCUAACUGUAUUUACUCAGCAUACAUUACAACACUUCAUACCUCCCCCCUCGCCGUGUCUAUUGGCAAAAUUCUGUAAUCACACUGGUAUUCCACUCUGUGGCAAACAAAAAGAAGAAAAGCGGAAAUUCAUAGACGAUUGUGACAUGUUCGAAUUUAAUUGUGAUUAUCAUAAAGAAUUCAAAAAAGUUGCUGACGAAGACUGUGAAAUAAUACCUAAAACCAGCCCAACGCCGACCACUAUUCCCAGUACAACAGAAAACACAACGCCGACCAGCAUUCCCAGUACAACAGAAAGUAUGUCUAGUUCAACAGAAAGCGCAACGCCGACCACUAUUCCCAGUACAACAGAAAGCACAAUGCCGACCAGCAUUUCCAGUACAACAGAAAUUAUGUCUAGUUCAACAGAAAGCACAACACCGACCAGCAUUUCCAGUACGACAGAAAGUAUGUCUAGUUCAACAGAAAGCACAACCCCGACCACUAUAUCCAGUACGACAGAAAGUAUGUCUAGUUCAACAGAAAGCACAACGCCGACCACUAUAUCCAGUACGACAGAAAGUAUGUCUAGUUCAACAGAAAGCACAACGCCGACCACUAUUUCCAGUACAACAGAAAGUACAACUUCUAGCAGCUAUGGAAGUACUACAGUUCAAGGCAAUACUGAAGCCAUAUCUGCCACUGCAAUUACAGAAAAUGCACAAGGUGAUAAGCAAGAGACGGAAAAUUAUACAUGUACAUCGGGUGUGACUACAUUAGCUACAGUAAAAUCUUCUGUAAUUACUUCAUCAAUACCAGCACCUAUUAACACUGAAACAUCAUCUGCCCAAGCAAAAACGAAUUCAACAACUAUGAUCACAUAUUCUACAUUUCCUGUUACAUGUAAUAUGUAUCCUAAAGACUGCGAGAGACCAGUAACAUGGGAAACAACAUCUAAAGGAGAGACUAGAGAUUUCUAUCAAAUACUCAGAGCUAAAUACGGAAAUCGCGUUAAACUUUUAAGAGCUACUACACACUGGCCAACCCCUGGUGUAGUUUACAGAUUUAAUGAGGAAAAUUUUCGAUUCGGUCGACAUAAUGAGAGUUAA